AUGUUAGAGCAAUGGAGGAUUCGAAAACACCAAAAAUUGCCCCUUUUCAUGGAUUUAUACAGUCAAAUCUUUCCUGUUCUGCACUACAUUGUCUUGAGAUUCACAGCAAAUCGCUGCAGAAAGGAUCCCGAUUUUUUGCACAUCCAUCCAAUUAGUUGUCUUAUCUUGGGAAUGCACAGUGAGAUGCUCCGAGCACGCGUUCCUCAAACAUGCUUUUUCUCGCCAAAAUCUCGUCAAAUUCUCAGCACUGUUCUUGUGUGCAACCUCUGUUUCCUGCUUUUACACACGCAGCAGCAGCUCUCUCACUGUUUGCUCCAUUGUUUCUCGACUGUUUCUCCUCGGGGAACGCAAGAUUUACUACUAGUACUCCACUGCUGGACGAGUGAGACGAAUCCUCUGUUCCUCAACCUACCUACGGCCUCCCGAUUCUUGCCUAAUUUGGGAGCUUUUUUUUAUCUCUUGCGCGUAACAACUUUCUUUCCCCGCACAUGA